GUAUAUGUGUUGCACAAUUGAUUAUUAUUUCUUUUCUUCUUAUUACUAUUAUAAAUUCCAUUUGAUCCUAUUUAUUUUCAUUAUUGAAAUCAUUCACAGUAUUCAUUAUUCAUUGUAGUGAUACGUUCACUUUAGUGCAAUUCAAUUCAAUCUUCAUAACAGGAUCUAUUCUGAAUUAAUCAUAAGAAUCCUAAUAAUAAUAAUAAAAAAUGGAUGGAAUUAAAAAGAAAAUGAUUGCAAUGAAAUUAGAGAAGGAGAAUGCAAUGGAAAGAGCAGUACAAUAUGAAGAAUUACUUAAAAAGAAAGAAGAAGAACGUGAAAAACGUGAAAGUGAAAUUGCUGAAUUAAAUACUAAAAUGAAACAAGCACAAAUUGAUUGUGAUGAAGUACAAGAAACAUUACAAGAACAAAUGAAUAAAUUAGAGGAAACUGACAAACGUGCUACUAAUGCUGAAGCUGAAGUGGCAGCGAUGACUCGUAGAAUUCGCUUGUUAGAGGAAGAUCUUGAAGUUUCUUCAAGCCGUCUAACUGAAACAUUGACCAAGUUAGAGGAAGCAAGUAAAACUGCAGAGGAAAGUGAACGUGGACGAAAAGACCUUGAAAUUCGUUCGAUUGCUGAUGAUGAGCGGCUUAACCAACUGGAGGAUCAACAAAAAGAAGCCAAGUAUAUUGCCGAGGAUGCAGACCGUAAAUAUGACGAGGCUGCACGUAAAUUAGCUAUUGCAGAAGUUGAUUUUGAGCGUGCGGAAGCUCGUCUCGAAGCUGCAGAAAGCAAAAUAGUAGAAUUGGAAGAGGAACUACGAGUUGUUGGUAAUAACAUGAAAGCUCUUGAAAUUUCCGAACAAGAGCUGGAAGUUGGUUUGUCUUCUUCCACAUUUGGUUGUCGCUGAUGGCGUUUAGUCAACUGAUUUAGAGUAUCUUGCGUAGACAACUGUUUAUAAAUUCCUGUACUUCCUGGACAAUGGCUGUAGUAGUUCUCCAAGUCCUAUCUCCAUACAAUAGGAUUGUCUUAGCAUUUGUAUUGAAAAUUCUGACUAAUGUUGCCUGACAGUUGUUUAGUGUUCCAGAUGUUCUUCAAUCAACGGAAUACUGGCCUUGCUCUCCCAAUUUGUAACCAUAGCUAUCUUCAAAUUGGAUAAAUCUUUACAAAACAUUUCAUUCAACUGCUAAUUUAGUUCAUACAGAUCAGGUUGGUUAUUUAUCGUCUUCGAUAUUCACUUGUUCUACUCGACAUUCACCUACAAGAUAUAUCUCCAUCUCUUUGAAAAUUGAUCCACUUUGAAAAAUUCAAACUCGAACUAGCCGGUUUCGUAAUUUCAUAUCAUAUCAGUUAGCUUGAUGACCAUAUUGGAAAUUCGAUCAACAGAACUCAGUUAGUACUGGUAAACAAAUAAAAUGAUAUUGACUGACUACUGUUUUUGUUCUUAUCUAAUGAUGACAGUUUUUACCUGAUCAAAUGUUUACAUUUGUUACUGUUGUCUUGUUUUCUAUUCGGAAAAAUGACUUACUGUUUUCUGUCAUCUAGUCAGCCCAACGUGAAGAAAGCUAUGAAGAAACAAUCCGAGAUUUAACAGAACGAUUGAAGGCUGCUGAACAAAGAGCAACUGAAGCUGAACGUCAAGUAUCUAAACUACAAAAUGAGGUUGAUCAUUUGGAAGAUGACUUAUUGGCUGAGAAAGAACGAUACAAAGCUCUUAGCGGUGAACUGGAUCAAACUUUCGCAGAACUCACGGGUUAUUAAUAACAUGCAGUCAGGAUAUUCAUUACCAUUAUCUUCAUUUCCAGAAAACGAGACUGGUCGUAAAGAUAUUAUUAACCUGUUCAAAAAAUUCAAACUAUAUCUUCAAAUCUGUGCUCUAGAGAGUACUAUUAUGUUAUAUUCAAUUUGCAAUACUUCACUUCUGCAAAAUAUGCUUUUAUUAUUCGUUACUACCUGCACCAACUUCUUUACUGUCAUCUUCCCCCCCCCCAUUCACCUUCUUUCAAUCUAAACAAUACGAUUUUAGGCGUUUAUAUAUAGUAGCCUAUCUAAUCACUGCACUAAACUAACGAAAUCAAUAAACUCGUUUUCCCACAUGAGAGUUUUUCUUUUUAUCGACAAUUCUAAGAUAAAUAUUAGCUAUUCAAAUUCAUAAAUAUGUAGACAAAAAGUUUGGUUUGAUAUUUCUGAAACCAUAAAUAAAUAUGGGAUUCGAAGUUUUA